AUGACUGGCUGGCGAAGUUUCGUAUUCUGGAUCUCUCUGGCGAUCAUAGUAUUUAUUUUUACCAUCUGCCAUAGUUGGCAAGGAAAUGAUCGAAUAUUGGGUCGAAAUGGAACGUUGCGAUUCGAUCCCAUUGCACUAAAUGUCAGUCAAAUGCAGUUCCUUGCCGGGCUUUCAGAUUUAGAAGACCUUCGUAAAACUGUGCAAAGGAUUGCGGUUAAGAGGGUGGUCGACUCCCCAGGACAUAUGGCGGUAAGAAACUUCAUUGUGGAUUACCUGAAGAAACUCGACUGGAAGGUGGAGCUGGAUAUUUUUACGGAGAAGGUGCCGAUCCUGGGAUCCCGAACCUUCCAAAAUAUAAUGGCCCGGCAAAAUCCAAAGGCGCAACGAUACCUUAUGCUGGGUUGCCAUUACGACAGCAAGUAUUUCAAGGACUUUGAUUUUGUGGCCGCCACGGAUUCAGCGGUUCCUUGUGCACUACUCCUAAAUAUGGCCAAAGUUCUGAAGGAACAGUUCCGUCGAUCGAAGAUCAGUUUAAUGCUGGUCUUCUUCGACGGCGAGGAGGCAUUCGGUCCGAAUUGGACGGAUGAGGACUCACUCUAUGGAUCCCGGCACUUGGCGGAACUUUGGGCGAAACGCGGUUUCCUGAACAACAUCGAUCUCUUCGUCCUGACCGAUUUAAUUGGAGCCAAAGAUUUGGCCUUCGAAAAUCACAUUCCCAAUACUUCAACUUGGUAUAAUCGAUUCGUUCAGCUGGAGAGGAAACUCAUCAAGUCGGGAAUUCUGAGAACAGAGCGACCCAUUUUUAAAUCCGAGUUUAGCACGGGAAGAGAUCCCGACGAUGAUCACCUGCCUUUCCUGCGACGCAGCGUUCCUGUGGUCCAUCUGAUAUCCUGGAAGUUCCCAGACGUUUGGCAUCUAGCCGGAGAUUUGGAGCAGAAUAUCGAUUAUAAUACUACGGAGCAAUUCGGUCUUAUUCUGCGAAUGUUUGUAAUGGAAUACCUUAACUCAGCACCUGUUUAAUCCUUUGGCUAAAAAAAAAAUCUAUUCUCUGGAAAUGUUAGAACAAUAUCUAAAAAAUAUAUAAUAUUUCACAAGAA